UACAAAAACAAAUGGAAGGCUAGUUUGCCCUUGGGCGGUAGUUUUCUUACCCCUAUUCUAAAAGAAUGACAGGUCUUGCUUAUUUUGUUUUUGUUUUUGUUUUUGUUUUUUUUGUUGUUUUUAGCAGCAGAAUCCCUUUCUCACUUAGAACUCUAUGAAGCAGGAAUUGCUGUGGUUGAAGAAUCCACAACCUACCUGUUCAGUUCCCCCCUUUUUCUCAAAGUAGCCCCUAAGGCUCUUCCUCAGAGCACGUGUUAAUGACACGAGGACGGUGCUCCAGUGCGUGGGCUGGGGGCCACCUAGGCAUUGCCCUUGAAUGAGUAGGCAGCUCUUCCUGAACUAGUUUGGGCCUACAGCCAAGGCCUGGCGGGAGGAGGGACCAGUGACCAGCCUGAGCUCAGGCCUGGACCUGAGGCUCAGGGAGUCUCCUCUGCUGCAGUGGAACGUCUCUCUUUCUCUGCAGGUUCUAGCCAGCCAGAUGAGGCCCAUAUGAGUAUCCAGAGCAGGAGUAACCCAUCAGACAUCCCCCACAUGUCUGACGGCCAGGUGUGGGACCAGGCCUUCAGGAACCAUAGCAUCCACACCUGUCUGAUGGAGAUGGUGCUGUCCUUGCAGCAGGCCGUGGCGGAUCACAUCACGCAGCUGGCGACCAGGCACCAGCAGCAGGACCUGGUGCCAGAGGAGCAGGGGCACAAUCAGCCCAUCUGGGGGCAGGAAGCCCUCCUGGGUCGCUUAAUGUUCCAGAUGGUCAACCACCUACAAUUUGGGGCCACCGGAGGCCAGAAAUUCCAACCACCUUGCCCUUCUGAGGACUCUAAGGGUGAUGUCAGAAGUAGGGAACAGGCCCAAGUAUCCAAGCAGAUUUACAAGAUAUUUUACCAACUGACUAAUUUUGAAGAUACAUCUAUCAACUAUGUCCUGUCCAACCGUGGGGUUGAAACCUCUGCUUUAUACCACGGCAGCUUCCAGGACUACAACACCUACCAAGGAAACAAAUACCAUGAGGACAAGAACACUUCGGGCUUCAUCAACCUUGGUACCAGUGAGAACAAGCUCUGUACUGAUCUGCUAACUGAAAGGUUGAGUCGGAGUGACAUGAACUACAUUGAUGAUGACCUUCUGCAAUAUUCUGAUUGGAGAGGGCAGCCAUUCCUGCGGGAAGAAGUGGCCCAGUUCCUGACCUACUACUGUAAGGCACCGGCCCCCCUUGAUCCGGAAAAUGUGGUUGUUCUAAACGGCUGCUCCUCUGUCUUCUCCGCACUGGCCACGGUUCUGUGUGAUCCAGGUGAGGCCUUUCUGGUCCCCACUCCCACCUAUAGUGACUUCGUCUUUAGUGCCCACCUGUAUGCGAAGGUUGAUCUAGUUCCUGUCGACCUGGAGAGUCAGGUCAGUGAUGCAAACACACAUCCAUUCCAGCUCACCGUGGACAAGUUGGAGCAAGCCCUGCUCAAUGCUAAGCUUGAGGGGAAAAAGGUCCGAGGCCUUGUGCUAAUCAACCCUCAGAAUCCUCUGGGACACAUCUACUCCCAAGACUCACUGAUGGAAUAUCUGGAAUUUGCCAAGAAGCACAGCCUACACGUGAUUAUAGAUGAGAUUUACAUGCUGUCUGUGUUUGAUGAGUCCAUCACAUUCCGUAGUGUUCUGAGCAUGGAGAGCUUGCCUGACCCCAACAAGACACAUAUGAUCUGGGGCACCAGUAAGGAUUUCGGCAUCUCUGGCUUCCGCUUUGGCACUCUGUACACCCAUAACAAGGAGGUGGCCUUGGCCAUGAGCUCUUUUGGCUACCUUCAUGGCAUCUCUGGCAUCACCCAGUACAAGCUGCAUCGGCUGCUCCAGGACAGAGAAUGGAUUGACAAUGUGUACCUGCCCACUAACCACUCCCGGCUGCAGGAGGCUCACAGGUUCAUCACUAAUGAACUGAAGUCAUCGAAGAUCCCUUUUCUCAGCCAUGGCUCUGGCCUCUAUGUCUGGAUCAGCUUGAGAAAGUACCUGGACCCAUGCACAUUUGAGGAAGAGUUGCUCCUCCAUCGCCGCUUCCUGGACAAAAAGCUGAUAUUGUCCUGUGGCAAGACCUUUAUGUGUAAGGAGCCUGGCUGGUUCCGCCUCGUCUUUGCAGCUACACCUCUCCUGCUAAAACACGCCAUGCAAAGGUUCUAUACGGUGCUAGUGGAGCAGGAGCAGGAUUGGGUAGUGAAGCAACUGGAGGAUGCAAUAAACCAGGAAGUGGAGGACCUCCCAGCCAGUGACGCCAGCCAGUCUUACUCUCGGGAAGUCAUACUAACCUCGGGUCUGGAAGGCUGUUGUUCUGACCUGGGACUGUGACUGAACAAACAGCGGGCUCCAGGAAUGGGCUCAUUUGACUCUCAUCAUCAGCCUCCUUAAGCUGAACAUCUGUCAUUUUUUGGAAGCUUUGCAUCUUUUUAGUCUUUGCUAGCCAUUGUGCAUGGGCAAAAUGUUUUUAUGGGGAUUCAGGUGGGAAAGCCCAGAGAGAAAUAAAGGGAGCUCUCUGGGUCCCUAUUUAGAUGAGUUUGUUUUUAUAUUCGAUAUCUAAUAAAUUCCAUAUUCUCUUAAAUUUCAGGCCUGUUUUAUUUUCUUCAUUAGCUGCAUAGUAUCCAUCCACUAUAUGGGUAAAUGGAUUUAUU